GGGCAGCUCCAGCCCGGCUGCUGCAUGUCUCGGGAGCCGCUGCCGAGCGGACCUGCUGGCCCGGCCGUGCCGAGAUGCAAGGCCGGCGGGAGCUGGGGGCGGAGGCAGUGAGUGACCUCGCAGGGGGGCCUGGGACGGCCUCCCUCCGCCGGGCAGCCGGGGGACAGAGUGGUGACGGUGUGCGCGGGACACGAACCUGCUGCCCCAGCUCCCCGCCUGCGGAGAAAGCCGGCAGCUCCAGGCCAGGAGCCGGGCUUCGCGCCCGCAGCCCCAGCUGUCCCGACCCAGGGGAGCCCAGCAGCGGGUGGGGGGAGUUCGAAGGCUUCCAGGAAUCUUCCGCCAGGGCUGAGCAAUUCGCUCUGGCCCUGGAACUCCUGGAGAGACCCACAGAACCUCAGCCACCGAGAACCCCUUCCAUCCCAAAGGAGCCCAGUUCUCACCAGCUGCACCCGGGUGGACCCUGGGCGGCAGGAAGUGCUGCCUGCCCAUCGUCAGAGCCCAUUCUCAGUUAUGAGAACGUCUUUAAGUCUGUUUUCCAAGAAGUCCCAGUGGAGCAGGCAACUGAAGACGUUUCUACCUUGGACCAUUUCUUAGGAACAAACAGUGAAGAGAACCCUGGCCUCACCUCUGUGCACAGACCGUGCUGCGACUCCAGGCGGCUCUGGAGAGCCCUGCAGAGCAGCAGCGCCGUGUCCGCGUCCCCGGGCCCGUGGCAGGGCUCCCGCUGCCGGCAGCGUCUCCUCCUCCUCCUCGGUGUGGACACUGCCCAGAGCCUUUCUGGAGGCCAGGAUCAUGUUCUGGAAGGCUCAGGCCUGAGAGAGCCUGAAGAACUGCUGGCGGUCAGCACCUUCCAGCUGCAGCACUGCAAAGCCCUGAUCCAGACCAAGCUCGCAGGGGCGGCAGGAAGCCGCCGGGGGAGCCUGAUCACCUACGGCGUGUUUCUCAAGACACCCCUACGCAGAGACGAGCACUACAUCACGGUGCCCCAGAAGAUCUUCUCUCCACGCAACUUGAAAAUGGCAUUCUUCAAUCGUGACGUCUGGUGAAAAGGCGUGCUUUUUACCUUGGUGAAGCUUUUUACAUUUCCUUACUGGCUUGGCUUGGUACUUGGAAUCCUGGGAUCUGUCGGAACCGCCCCGUGCCUCCAGCCCCGUAGCCCGCCCAGUCUCUUCGGGGGUGGGAGGCGUGUCCUUUGGAGGGCCAGGGCUGGGUGGGGCACUGCGCUCGCUGGUCCCGGCCCAGCUCACUGUGGGGGAGACAGCUGCCAAGGGCACCGGCGGGGCCCCUGGGCACGCCGCUUCCGGGAGGUGCCGUGCGCAUCCCACGCCUGCACCUGGCCCUGUCCACGGGGAGGACAGGCCUUCCUCUGGACAGACAGGUGGACAGCAAGCCAUUCCAGGACGGCCAGGAAGGCCUCUGGGGGAGGUCGCUUCCCAUGGCCAUCUGCCUAGGCCACUCUUUUCUCCAGGUAGCGGUUUUAUAGACUGUUAUGAAAUAAAAAGGCCCGGACGAUAA